AUGCGGCUCUUCACUGCCCUCGACGCGGCCCAGUUCUCGCUGGGGAGCAUGUUCGAGUCCAACGGGGUGGCACUUGACAUAUUCGGCGACAAGGAGACGUCCGACGCCCGCCGCCGCUGCCAGCCAGCCGACGGAGAUGAGGACGCCGCGGUGCUUUUCAACAUGCACCUGGGCGUGGCCGGAUUAUACAUGGCCGCGUACGUCGGCUCCGAGCACAUGCCGUGGUGCACCGAUACUGUCUCCGCCCUGAUGGAAGCGUACGGAGCCCCCCUCUCCAUGCUAGAUGUUGCUGACGCCAGCACGGACACGCCGUGGGGACUGGCCAAGGCCUACGUCGACGAGGUCAUGUCCUUCCUCAUGGAAAACGAUGGGUGGAACGCGGACGGGGGCCUCGGUGGAAAGGAGUUCAACCGAAUCCCGUUUACGGGCGACUUCUACUAUACAGACUCUGCAGGCAACGAGUGGAACGGAUACACACCCAAGAACACGCCCUACAAGUUUAAACGCACAAAGAGGUGGCAGCCGUUGCUGGAGUCGGACGGCCUCGGCUACAUCACUGCUCAAGAACACGUGACCCCUCACAUUGGCAUCACCGCUCGGUUCUUUGGAUUCGACACAGCCGAGAAUGAGGAGGCAUGGGGUUCGCGCAAGCUCGACGCGCCGUCCUACAGGAACAGGCACGACGAGAUUGCCAGGGAGGUUCUUGAGGCGUCGAAGUUGGCUGCAGAUGACCCAGCGAAGCAAUUCGCCAUAUCCUUCUUCGACAACAAGGCUACCUCUUUGCUCCCGCUCAUGACUGAUUACUUCGCACAGCGACGUGACACCCUGUCGAGGCUCGAGUUCUUCAAGGUCAAUGUCAAGCUUCAGCUGGGAAUCUACAACGGAGUCGUGCUUUCAUGGCGGGAGAAGGUCCGCCACGAUGCUCCACGCCCCCCUUCAGUGGUGAGGAACGAGAUCGGAGACGAGAUUGUCGAGGCCUACGCGGGUCCAGACAACGGUGUCCAGAACAUGACGGCCUCUGAAUGGGAACCCUACAUCCGCACCAUGCCACACUCUGAGUAUCCAUCGGCUUCUUCUUGUUUGUGUGAGGCGUUUGCGAGUGCACUCAGGGUGUGGGCUGGAACGGACACUAUCGACCCUCCGCUGGAACAACCCGAAGAAGAUCCGCUCGUGACGUUCGCGAGCUGGAGCGAGAUUUCGGAGAUGUGCGGCGACUCCCGGGUGUGGGCUGGCCUGCACUUUGAGGAGUCUGUCCCGGCCGGGGUGGAGCUUUGUGGCGGCGACGAAAUGGCCAUAUCUAUUGCCGCUUCGAUCGACGGGCUGACCGCUGGUGACGAGUCCGUCGCCGUGUUCAACCGUGAUAUUGGCGAACUCAUGCUUCGCCCCUUGUAAGGAUGGUUGUCGGCAAUGAUGAUACCGCCGCCGGCGGCUUCAAUCUAAACCCACCCGUGAAACUGUCGGGUCUUUUGAGAGGUCAUCGUCACUUGAAGAAUGUUGGGAAGUGUCAAACGUCAAGGUUUCUGCGUCUUUAGGAGACGUGCCCCACCGUCAUC